AUGGAGGUGUCCCAGGGCCGCCGCGGGCUGGCCGCGCUCUGGUGCCUCGGGCUCCUGGGCUGCCUGGCGCGUGUGGCGGGCACGCACUACCGCUACCUCUGGAGGGGCUGCUACCCGUGCCACCUGGGCCAGGUCGGUUAUCCCCUGAGCGCCGCCGACGGGAGGCCAGAUGUGGAUGAGUGCCAGGCGCACAACGGCGGCUGCCAUCACAGGUGUGUGAACACGCCCGGCUCCUACCUCUGCGAGUGCAAGUCCGGCUUCCGGCUCCACGCGGACGGCAGGACCUGCUUGGCCAUCAGCUCCUGUGCCGUGGGCAACGGUGGCUGUGAGCACAACUGUGUCCAGCUCACGGUGACCCGGCACCGCUGCCAGUGCCGGCCCGGGUUCCAGCUGCAGGAGGACGGCCAGCGCUGCGUCCGCAGAAACCCGUGUGCGGACCGGAACGGCGGCUGCAUGCACACCUGUCGGGCGCUGCGGGGCCUCGCCCACUGUGAGUGCCAGGCGGGCUACCAGCUGGCAGCCGACCGGAAGGCCUGUGAAGAUGUGGACGAGUGUGCCACGGGGCUGGCCCAGUGUGCCCACGGCUGCCUCAACACUCGAGGGUCCUUCAAGUGUGUGUGCCACGCAGGCUACGAACUGGGGGCCGACGGUCGUCAGUGCUACAGGAUCGAGAUGGAAAUAGUGAACAGCUGUGAGGCCAACAACGGCGGCUGCUCACACAGCUGCAGCCACAGCAGCUCGGGGCCCCUGUGCACCUGUCCCCGCGGCUACGAGCUGGAUGCGGAUCAGAAGACGUGCAUUGACGUUGACGACUGUGCCGACUCCCCGUGCUGCCAGCAGGUCUGCACCAACAGCCCGGGUGGUUACGAGUGCAGCUGCUACGCCGGCUACCGGCUCAGCCCCGACGGCUGCGGGUGCGAGGACGUGGACGAGUGCCUGUCUGGCCGUGGCGGCUGUGACCACCGCUGCACCAACCUGGCCGGCUCCUUCCAGUGCUCCUGUGAGGCCGGCUUCCGGCUGGAUGAUGACCGCAGAGGCUGCACCUCCCUGGAGGUGCCCGAGGUGGACCUGGACGGCCGGCUGCCCUUUGUGCGGCCCUUGCCACACGUCUCGGUGCUGGAGGACACGCUGUCCCACCUCUUCCAAGAUGACUACGUCGGGGCCGAGGAGGUGGCGGAGGCCCGCGGCGAGCACACGCUGGAGGAGAAGUUCGUCUGCCUGGAUGACGCCUUCGGCCCGGACUGCAGCCUGACCUGUGACGACUGUGGGAACGGAGGGACCUGCCUCCCGGGCCUGGACGGCUGCGACUGCCCCGCGGGCUGGACCGGGCUCGUCUGCAACGAGACGUGCCCCCCGGACACCUUUGGGAAGAACUGCAGCUCCCCCUGCCGCUGUCAGAACGGUGGGACCUGUGACCCCGUGAUGGGGGCCUGCCGCUGCCCUCUGGGUGUCAGUGGAGCCCACUGUGAGGACGGCUGCCCCAGGGGUUUCUACGGCAAGAACUGCCGCAAGCGGUGUCCCUGUGGCCCCCGGGGCCGCUGCCACCGCCUCUACGGUGCCUGCCUCUGCGACCCAGGGCUCUACGGCCGCUUCUGCCACCUGGCCUGCCCGCCGUGGGCCUUCGGGCCCGGCUGCUCGGAGGAGUGCCGGUGUGAGCAGCGGAACACGCGGGCCUGCGACCGGAAGGACGGCAGCUGCUUCUGCAAGGAGGGCUUCCAGGGCGAGCGCUGCCAGCAUGAGUGCGAGCCCGGCUUCUUCGGGCCCGGGUGCCGGCAGGCGUGUGCCUGUCCUCUGGGCAUGGCCUGCGACCCCGUCAGCGGCGAGUGUGGGAAGCGGUGUCCUGCCGGCUACCAGGGGGAGAACUGUGACCGAGAGUGUCCAGCGGGGACAUUCGGCGUGAACUGCUCCGGCUCCUGCUCCUGCGGUGGCGCCCCUUGUGACGGGGUCACGGGGCAGUGCCUGUGCCCACCUGGGCGGACGGGGGAUGACUGUGGGGCAGACUGUCCCGAAGGCCACUGGGGGCUCGGCUGCCAGGAGAUCUGCCCGGCGUGUGAGCACGGUGCUGCCUGUGACCCCGAGACCGGAGCCUGCCGGUGCCGCCCCGGCUACACGGGCAGCCGCUGCCAGGACGUGUGCCCAGCAGGCUGGUUUGGGCCCAGCUGCCACAUGAGAUGCUCCUGUGCCAACGACGGGCACUGUGACCCGGCGACUGGACGGUGCAGCUGUGCCGCGGGGUGGACUGGCCUCAGCUGCCAGAGAGCCUGUGACAGUGGGCACUGGGGACCCGACUGCGGCCACACCUGCAACUGCAGUGCCGGCCACGGGAGCUGCGACGCCGCCAGCGGCCUGUGCCUGUGCGAGGCCGGCUACGUGGGCCCGCGGUGCGAGCAGCCCUGUCCCCAGGGCCACUUUGGGCUGGGCUGUGGGCGGCAGUGCCAGUGUGAGCAUGGGGGGGCCUGUGACCACGUCAGUGGGGCCUGUACCUGCCCGGCCGGCUGGAGGGGAACCUUCUGUGAGCGAGCCUGCCCGGCUGGCUUCUUCGGACUGGACUGUCGCCACGCCUGUGACUGCUCCGCCGGGGUGCCCUGCGAUGCCGUGAGCGGCACCUGCCUCUGCCCUGCCGGCCGCCGGGGCCCCCGCUGUGCCCAGACCUGCCCAGCCCUCACCUACGGGCACAACUGCAGCCAGGCCUGCUCCUGCUUCAAUGGGGCUUCCUGUGACCCGGUCCACGGGCAGUGCCGCUGUGGCCCUGGCUGGACGGGUCCCAGCUGCCUGCAGGCCUGCCCCUCGGGUCUGUACGGUGAGAACUGCCGGCACGCCUGCCUCUGCCGGAACGGGGGUACCUGCGACCCCGCCUCGGGCCACUGCACCUGCAGGGAGGGCUGGGCCGGCCUGGCCUGUGAGCAGGAGUGCCCCCCAGGGCGCGUCGGAGCUGGGUGCCAGCAGAGCUGUGGGUGCCUCAGCGGUGGCCUCUGUGACCCGCACACGGGCAGCUGUCUCUGCCCCGCUGGCUGGACUGGUGACAAGUGUCAGAGCCCCUGUGCCCAGGGCACGUUUGGGGCUCACUGUGAGGAGCGCUGCGCCUGCCGGCGGGGAGCCCGCUGCCACCACGUCACGGGGGCCUGCCUCUGUCCCCCAGGAUGGAGCGGCGUGCGCUGUGACAGUGCCUGCCCGCGUGGCUGGUUCGGAGAUGCCUGUGCCCGGCGCUGCCUGUGCCCGCCCGAUGCCCCCUGCCACCACGUCACUGGGGAGUGUGGCUGUCCCCCAGGCUCCACUGGGCCUGGCUGUGAGCAGGCCUGCCGGCCUGGCACCUUUGGGGAGAACUGUGGGCAGAAGUGCCGGUGCCCCAGCAAGAACCAGGCCUGCCACCCUGCCUCGGGGGCCUGCGUGUGCUCCGCUGGCUACCACGGCGCCGGCUGCCGCCAACGGUGCCCUUCCGGGCGCUUUGGGCCCGGCUGUGAGCAGCUGUGUGAAUGUCUCAACGGGGGCUCCUGCGACGCGGCCUCGGGGGCCUGCGCGUGCCCGGCUGGCUUCCUGGGGGCCGACUGCAGCCUCACCUGUCCACAGGGCCGCUUUGGCCCUGGCUGUGCCCACGUGUGCAGGUGUGGGCAGGGGGCGACCUGCGACCCCGUGACGGGCACCUGCACCUGCCCCCCGGGGAGGACCGGCGCCCACUGUGAGCAUGACUGUCCCCAGAACCGGUUUGGCACGCGCUGCGAGCACCUGUGCGCCUGCAGGAACGGGGGCCUGUGCCACCCCACCAACGGCAGCUGCGCCUGCGGCCUGGGCUGGACGGGGCCGCGCUGUGAGCGGGCCUGCCCCGCCGGGCGCUACGGUGCCUCCUGCCACCUGGAGUGUUCCUGCCGCAACAACGGCACCUGUGAGCCCGCCAUGGGCGCCUGCCGCUGCGGCCCCGGCUUCUACGGCCAGGCCUGCGAGCACUCCUGUCCCCCUGGCUUCCACGGUGCUGGCUGCCAGGGGGUGUGUGGGUGUCAGCAUGGAGCCCGCUGCCACCCGGUCAGCGGCCAGUGUCUCUGCCCCCCUGGCUUCCACGGCCAGUUCUGCGAGAGGGGGUGUGAGCCCGGCUGGUUUGGAGAGGGCUGCCGUCAGCGGUGUGACUGCGAGGCUGGGGUGACCUGUGACCCUGUCAGCGGCCACUGCCUUUGUCCCCCGGGGCGCAUGGGGGCCGCCUGUGACCUGGACUGCAAAGGGGGCUUCUUCGGGCCAGGCUGUGCCCUGCGCUGUGACUGCGGGGGUGGCGCCGACUGUGACCCUGUCAGUGGCCGGUGUCACUGCGUGGAUGGCUACACAGGGCCCACAUGCCGACAGGGUGGGCCCCAGCUCCCUGGGAUCCUGUCCCCAGCCCUGGGCCCAGCGGCCUCACAUGGCGCCCCUGGAGGACCAGCGCCCGGCUCCCCAGCAGGGCCGCCUCCCGGUGCCACCAAGGGGACCCAGGGGCUCUGAGGAGGACGCUACGGGCCCGGACUGCGGCUCGCUCUCGUUUCCGAGGGCUGUGGACUACUGCGCCUCCUCUCUGCAAGGAUCCUCGGGCCUCCGGGAGGGAGGCUCCGCCGGGCCCAGCUCCUCUGGCCCAGGCGGGUGGCCUGGCCUGGCCGAGGGGCCCCGCGCUCCUGCCCCCCGGGUGCAGGUGGGGCCCUGCCCGCCCAGCAGGCUCUUUGGUGCUAGGCGCUGGGACAGGUGCCGCCCGGCCGUGUUUAUAGGAUGGUAUUUAUGGGUGCUGUCUCCUGCCUGCCCCGGGAAGCCGGACUCAGGACUGCGCGGC